AUGUCAUCUUACAAUAUGUUCCAGUCAGAAACAACAUCGAUUAUGGCCUUUGUCGUCGAGACUGUAAUGACAGAAAUUAGCCAACUUUUGCCAAACACACCAAACUCUGACGCUAACGAAAGCAGUAAACCGGAGAGAGAGGUGAGCACAGACAAAUACUGUACAGAGCAGCGUGAUGACGGGCGCGUAGUGACUACAACCAGCUAGCUAACAGUUAACGUCGAUUAGGUAAAUUAGCUUCCUCAUUUGUUUAGCUAGGUAUCAUUACUACUGCAAGCCCUUAUGCUGCGUUCAUGGCCUAGUCGGAACUACGAAACUCGGAAAUGUCCGAAUUGACAACUGGUUGAACGCGGCACGUGUAUAAUUUAAACCAGUUAGCAAGACUAAUUUCCGACUUUCCUAUUUCCGACUAGCACGUGAACGCGGCAUUAACUACCAAACUCUAGGCUGCAUUCUGCCUUCUCCCUACAGUCAUUAGCUUCGCCCACUACUACCUCAUGUGAACUACAAUCCCUACGCUGUGUUAUAACGUUUAGAAACGUCAAUCGCUAAAUAGCUAAUUAGCACAGGUGGUUGCUUCUUGUCUAACGUAAACAAGCGCUGUAACAUGGCGAUAUGGCCCAGUGGGAGCACGAACCCUAACCCUAUCAAGGUAUCAAUUUAUCCAUACCUCAAGCCACAAGUGUUAAUGUUCAGAUUGAGCUUUGGGCUCUUAAAGGUGCAAUAUGCAGAAAUCACUCCACAAUAUCCUGGUUGCUAAAAUUCUAAUAGUUUGCCUAAUUUCAGUUUAUGGGACAUGCAAUGUAUAGUGUAGAGAACCAUUGUACCAUCUAAACUGCUGUGAAAUAUAUUUUAAAAAACCCAAAAUAUUGUAUUUUCAGCUGUUUGAUGAUGGUGUGCAAAACUGAAAGUUUCCCGAGUGGCGCAGUGGUCUAAGGCACGUGCUAGCUGUGCCACUAGAGAUCCUGGUUCGAAUCCAGGCUCUGCUGUAGCCGGCUGCAACCGGGAGACCAAUGGGGCGGCGCACAAUUGGCCCAGCGUCGUCCAGGGUAGGGGAGGGAAUGGCAGGCAGGGAGGUAGCUCAGUUGAUAGAGCAUGGUGUUUGCAACGCCAGGGUUGUGGGUUUGUUUCCCACGGGGGGCCAGUAUGAAAAUAAUAAUGUAAGUCGCUCUGGAUAAGAGCGUCAGCUAAAUGACGUAAAUGUAAUGUAAUGAAAGUAAAAGACUAAAAAAUUAAACUUAAGAACGGGAAGCAUAGAAAUAGCGCAGAUCUACCACUUCUUAGACUUGCUUUCAAUGAGAAUGACUCCCAUUUCUAUGUGAUUAUUGGUCUGGUUGGCCAAAAAGUUACAUAUUACAGCUUUAACAAAUCUCCUGUACAUUACACUUGUUUACACUGAGCUGCACUGGGAUCGGAACGCAAUCAUGGUUACAUUAAUUAAGACACCGUGGAGCCGGCACAAGAUAUGGGUCAGAAAACGUACCUCAAUGCAGGGAUGGAAUGGAUAUGCCACUGUACUCAAAAGUGUACCUCUAGCCACACUGAUACCCCGAGAAGAUUGAAAUACUGCUAGAAAACUAGCAGUAUUUCAAUCUUCUCAAUGGAGCAGUGUGGAUAAAGGUAACAUUUGGAGUACAGUGGCAUGUCCCAUCCUUACAUUGAGGUAUGUUUUCUGACCCAUAUCUCGCAUCUGCUCCACGGUGUCUUAAUGUAACCAUGAUUGCAUUAGACCCCAGCGCAACUCAGUGUAAACAAGCUUAACGGUAGGGUCGGUAUAUCCUGGCAAGCCCUAAGCUAUGUUGCUAGGUAGCUAUGGUUUCACAUCCUCUGCUGUAGCUGGCUGUAUAAUGUUAGGUAGUCUAAUAUCCACAGGAAAGUAUUGUUUACCUGACUUUUUAGAGAGCUGGUAGGUAUAUGGUUCGGUUUGGUACAGAGGGAAAGUUGGUUUUAUAUUGGAUAUUCUGUUUUAUCUCGUCAAUAACUAUUGAACCAAGAUGCCAUGACAAUGAAAAUUGUAUAUUCUGAAUCUGGGGAGGAUAGAAAACAAUGUUCGUUGUCCGUAGCUAAUGCCUGCCCAUACCAUAACCCCACCGCCACCAUGGGGCACUCUGUAAACAACGUUGACGUCAGCAAACCGCUCGCUCACACAACGCCAUACACGUUGUAUGCCAUAUGCCCGGUACAGUGGAAACUGAGAUUCAUCUGUGAAGAACACACAUCUCCAGUGUGCCAAUGGCCAUCGAAGGUGAGGAUUUGCCCACUGAAGUCGGUUACAACCCCGAACUGCAGUCAGGUCAAGACCCUGGUAAGGAUGACGCGCACGCAGAUGAGCUUCCUUGAGACAGUUUGUGCAGAAAUUGUUCGCUUGUGCAAACCCACAGUUUCAUCACCUGUCCAGGUGGCUGGUCUCAGACGAUCCCCCAGGUGAAGAAGCCGGAUGUGUGGAGGUCCUGGGCUGACGUGGUUACACGGGGUCUGCGGUUGUAAGGCCGGUUGGACGUACUGCCAAAUUCUCUGAAAUGACGCUAUGGUAGAGAAAUGAACAUUAAAUUCUCUGGCAACAGCUCUGGUGGACAUUGCUGCAGUCAAAUUUACAUUUACAAAUAAAAUACAAUUGUAUUUGCCACAUGCGCCGAAUACAACAGGUGUAGACCUUACAGUGAAACGCUUACUUACAAGCCCUUAACCAACAAUGCAGUUAAGUAAAAUAAGUGUUAAGUAAAAAAUAGAUAAUUAAAAAUAAUUAAAGAGCAGCAUUAAUGCCAAUUGCACGCUCCCUCAACUUGAGACAUAUGUGGCAUUGUGUUGAGUGGCCUUUUAUUGUCCCCAGCACAAGGUGCACCUGUGUAAUGAUCAUGCUGUUUAAUCAUCUUCUUGAUAUGCCACACCUGUCAGGUGGAUGGAUUGUCUUGGCAAAGGAGAAAUGCUCACUAACAGGGAUGUAAACAGAUUUGUGCACAAUUUGAGAGAAAUAAGCUUUUUGUGCGCAUGGAACAUUUCUGGAAUCUUUUAUUUCAGCUCAUGAAACAUGGGACCAACACUAUACAUGUUGCGUUUUUAUAUUUUUGUUCAGUGUAGUGACUUUUUACACAUUUCUCUACACAGCUUUGCACCAUAAUGAAUCAGGUGAUGGGGGAGGCUAUUCGUAAAAUUUGCCAACUAUUCCUGGUGUCCUCCUCACGUUUACAAAAUGAAAAUGAGAAAUUGAAGACCAAGGUGGAGCAGAUGGAGGAAGAUAUGAAGACAAUGACUGAGAAGGCUGAACAUUAUAGAACAUCUCUAGCUAAAGUGCAGGCACAAGCAGAACCGAAAGGACCAACCCAUGUUCUGCACAAUGGAAUCAUCUUUGCAAUUAAACCAGUUGGUGAGUGUUAUAGACCAACAGUCAUUACUGUCUUUAGCAAGUUAGUUAAAUUAUUGUUUUUCCCCGUAUCUUUGAUAGUUUUGUUUGUAUCAACUUACAUCACACACAUUGUGUGGAAAGAAAAGUGAGACAGAGUUGUAAAUGUUUCAAUGUAAUUUUGCUUGUUAUGUUUUAGAUCUCCCAAUGUUGCCUGGAAUGACAGCGGCUUCAGCAUUGCCAGGGAAUGCCAGUCAAGCAAACCCCGUCACUAACGCAACAUCAGUCCGUGCAGGUAAUAUCCUCAAGUUGGUGUGAAUUUGAAUAAUUGUUGACCAACCAGGGGUGCAUUCAGUUUAGUUCAAUAUUGUCUACGGUUUAGUUCAAUAUUUGUUCAAUGGCUGCGUGAUGGUUUGUACCUGAACUAGAUGUUUUCCCAGAACGGUGCGCGCUAUUCUUCAAUCUUUUAGGUAUGUUUAAUCCCAUUUGGUGGGUCAAGUGGGUUUGGCCUGAUCAAUAUGUGUGACUGUUUCAAAUCGCGAAACUUGUACUGCAAACAAUCACCCUCUGGGCCAACUUAAUCACAACAUUCUUGAACUGGUCGUUCAGAACAGCACUGUUUCUGUUGAAUCAAACGUUGCACACCGUUGUGUCCUGCUGAAUGUGCUCCAGCAUUCAGCAGGACACUAGGAACCAAACUGGCGAGUGACUACCUGAACUUGUCCAAGAAACGCUUGUGUUCAUUUUGUUGCUAAAUAUUUUGCUGCGGUGUGCACUAAUGAAUAGGACCCAGUUGUUUGAAAACAAUACACAGGCUGUUACUACCAUGUUUAUUUUAAGGCUCAUGUGAAAAAAUGUCUAUUGCCAUAUAUUGGUUGAUUUAUUUGGCUAAUUAACCAAAUUGGUUUUGGACAACUUCGUUUUCUUAUAUCCUCUUAACUUGGGCCAUAGUUUUACAAUGUGUAUCAUCAUAUUCCUUUUAUAUUUAGGUCCUGUAAAGGUUUGCAGUAAACCCACAGGGACGUCUUCAUUGGAGAAUGACUCCACUCUGGGAGACACAUAUGGACUGAAUACAGACCCCUCCCCAAGAGACUCUGAAUCCAACAUUGAGCAUAUGAGAGCUGCUCUGCCAGAGGGCAACGAGAGAGACGGCCAUGAAAGCCAGAAAAACAACAAUACUACUAAAGGGACACGAUCCAAAGAAAUCAAGCGCUUCAAGUGUGAUAUGUGUCAGAAGACCUUCACCAGGAAGGGGUUACUGGAAGCUCACAAGCUA